AUGGCUGCAGUCGCGCCAGCCAAUCUUUCCCAGAGGGGGGGUCGUAGACCCUCCUACCAAUACUACAACAACCAGGAGAGCACUCUCCUGCCCGAGGUGCCCCUCCUCACCGGCACCGACAAUUUUCGCCUCUGGGAAGUCGCCGUCCUCACUCACCUACGGCACUACAACCUCGACGACAACAACAGCGAGGCCCGCGACCGUUCAUCCGCGGCCCGGAGGACGCGCGACGGCACCCUCUGUCUUUCGUGGGACGAGAUGCAAAACCGCAUCAAAGUCUACCAGAUCAUCCGGCGCAGCAUCGCCGACGCGCUGACCUUUCUCGAGAGAGAGUGUCGCUCCAACCCUUGGAUCUCGCUCAACGACCCGACUUACGACGCGAAGGGCCUCUACGAGCUUGUCAAGGCGGUGUUCACGGCCCGGCCUCCCCCGCUCGACCCACACCAGAGCCAAGACGACCUCAUGAUUGACCUGCUGAUGCUCAAGGCCAUUAACUUCGCCUCGCUCUCGGAAUAUCUGGACAGGUUCUAUGCGCUGUGGUCGCGAAUCAACAUGGCUGGCCUCCAACUGACUGACGACCUCCUGCUGAGCUUUCUGUUGAGUGGGCUUAAUGGGCACUACGACAGGGCUUGGACGGUGGACCUCGAGGUGCAGCGUCUGAUGAAGAAGAUCGACUUGCACGAGGCGCUCAAGUUGAUUGGUGAGCGAGUUUGUGAGGAGAACAUGGUUGUGUUGCCGCCGGUUCCGCCAAAGGACGAGAAGUACGCGAACAGAUCCUCUGCUCAGAGUUCCUCCUCGACAGAGCAUGGAGUGAACAUGGACAAAUCCGCAAUGGAUGAGUCUAUCAGAGGUUGCUUCGGCCACGAGGACGAGGUUGAAGUCGAUAUCAUGCGCAGACAGGAAGAGAUAGCCACUCACCUCGAGGGUCGAACCCUUCAAUGGGCCGUCGAAAGCGCCUUCGCCACCUCCUGGUCCCUCGAUGACCUGAACCCCGUGUCAAGCGAGUACGACACCACCACCGAGAACGGCAGAAGCGAAAAUGGUAGCCGAAGCGCAAGUCCCGCCGAUAAGAAAGAGCGGCGACGCGGUUACAAACGUCUCUCCGACCUCAUGGACCGGUACACUCCUCUUCCCUUGAGCGUCGCCAGCAGCCCCAGCACGAUCGCGGCUACCAUGGACGCCCUUCGUAUUGACGACAGGUCUCAGCAUGGUGACACCGAGCCGAGAUACGUGCCGAGCCCGCCCCCAACCGACGAGUCUGCCGCUCGAAAGGAGCGCCGUCGUCACCUUCUCAGCAGAUUCACAGACACGCCGACCAAGUCUUCGCCUGUCCCCAGCAGAGUGAUGUCCUACCAAGAAGGUCGGAAACCGAAGCCUUUGUUCUCGAGCCCUCGCAAGUUCUCGUGGGAGGACGGGGUUAGCAACAGCGAGCACGACUACGAGUCGAUGAUGCUGCGCACUACGCCCGAGCCGCGCGCGAGAAGGGAACUCCCGGCCGCUCCUGGCACUGGUGAACCGGAGAAGCAGCAAAAUGAGCGAGACAAGUAUCGCCCAUCGCCACGCAAGCGAUCUUCUGCCUUUUCGCCGGAGAAGGUGGUGCAGAUGACAGCGAUUGCCAUUCGCAACUUUUCGAGGCCGGAGAGGCCACUUAUUAGGACAGCCAGUUUGUGA